GGACCGACCGUGGCGGAGGCGUCGGCGCGGGGUACUCAGUAGAUCCACCGGCGACCAUCGCUGCUUACGGCGAUCACUAUAUCGCGAUGUGGGCAGACCGCUGCGUCAUCUUGGAGGGUUCGGCCGGACAGGGCUCGCACUUGUUGGAUUCCAGGGUUCAGUAAACAAACCGCUACCUGAUGCGCGGUGGGUCUCCCCCGGCGAUUCUCAAGGGGAUGCUUUAUGCUGUGCAGGGUUCUGUGCUACAAAGAAGUCAAGAAGAGAGACCGACCCAGUAGACGUUGGCGACGACCGCCCCAGACCCAAUUGAUUAUCUAGAGUCAACCCCAGAAAAAAAAAGUAGAAAUACAUAUCCAAGAUGUUUCGAUUUCUGGUUGCUACUCUCACAGUGUUGGGCUGCCAGCUCUCACCUGCUAGAGCUGUGGAGGUGGAGCAAAAAGAUUUCUCAAUCACAAAUACUAAUGUAUCAGCUGUGUGGAACCAGACCGAUUGGUCUAUUACCACCGUCGAUUACGUGCCAGCACAGUACCAGUCGCGAAUCUCUCUCUCAAACGGAUACGCCGGUGCUUCAUUGGCGGCAGCAGGCCCGUUCUUCGAGUAUGAUGUGAACCAGACAAACCCCUACGGCGAUGAGCCGGCAAAUCUGUGGCCUUUGUUUUCUCGCCGACUGUCUUUCUCUACUAUUAGCGGCUUCUACGACGUCCAGCAGAAUGGCAGCGGCACAAACUAUCCAUGGCUGGAGCAGUACGGAUAUGAGUCGUUCAUUGCUGGCAUUCCGCACGCAACUGGAAUUAUUUUCACCUUCGGAGAUGCCACGUUGGAUAGCACCGCAGAUCCAAGUGAGAUCUCCAACUUCGAAUCCAGUUUGACCUUCAAGACCGGAGUAGCCACAUGGACUUAUAAAUGGAGUCCUGCUGGCGUUUCGACGACGUUCCAAGUCAGCUUCAAGGCCAUCUUCAGCAGGGUAGCGCCGAAUCUUAUUGCGGUUGAGGCGCAAAUUACUCCUUCAGGCGAUGUCAAUGGCAAGGUGACAGACGUGUUGGAUGGCAGGAGUGCUGUCCGGUCUUACUUGGCUGAGAAAAAAAUGGACGACCAUUCUACAACCAUCCUCACUGCGGUUCAUCCCGAUAAUCUCCCCAAUGUUACAGCAUACUUGGUUUCUACUGCCGAGUUUGACGACACAUAUACAGACAAGUCUUCCAGAGUAGAGGCUUCAGCACCGAUCGUCAGCACAAACGAGACAACCAUUGGGCAGACCUUCAACAUUGCAUUGAAGUCAGGACAGACAGCAACCUUCCACAAGUAUGUUGGCGUUGCGUCAACCGACAAAUUUGAAGACGCCGAGGCUGUGGCGCGAAAGGCAUCGAAAGAUGGAAGCGCUGCGGGAUGGAAUGCGGCGGUCUCCGACCAUGUCGCUGCAUGGGGAGAGCUCAUGACAGAGGCUGCCAUUGACAACUUCACGGAUCCCACAACCGGCCAACUUCCACCUGAUGCAAACAUUGAAAUCCUCCAAAUCGCCACUGUUGCAAAUAGCUUUUACCUACUCCAGAGUCUGCAGCCCGAUGGAUCUGGCCUCAACGACAACAGUAUUUCAGUGGGCGGACUGGCCUCGGAAUCUUAUGCUGGUAUGAUUUUCUGGGAUGCCGAUUACUGGAUGGCUCCUGGACUCAACUUGCACUUCCCCAGCUACAGCAAGCAGAUUAGCAAUUAUCGAGCUAAGCUGUUCGACCAAGCGAAGGCUAAUGCAGCAUUCAAUAACUACUCGAACGAAAGUGCCCUGUAUUCGUGGACUUCGGGGCGAUUCGGCAACUGCACUGGCACGGGACCUUGUGUCGACUAUGAGUACCAUCUGAAUCAUGACAUUGCAUUCAACUUGGUGCAACUGUACAAUAUCACGCAAAAUAAGACGUGGUUCGAUAAUGGCCCAAGGCAGAUUGUUGAGAGCCUUGCGCACAUGACAGGGGAGCUCUUGGAAUACAAUGAGACAACCAAGACCUACUGGAUUCAUAACAUGACUGAUCCAGAUGAGUACGCUAACCAUAUCGACAAUGGAGCAUUUACUAUUGCCUCUGCUGCUGACCUUCUCCUCGUCGCAAACGGUCUUCGUCGAAACAAUGGCGAGGCCAUCAACGAGACCUGGCAACAAAUGUCGGAGAAUAUCGAGUUCCCAACCUCACCUUCUGAUAUAACUCUGGAGUACCAGACCAUGGACAAUAAUGUCAAUGUCAAGCAGGCUGAUGUUAUCUUGCUCGCCUACCCAUUGGACUAUGACCAAAACAAUUAUACCGAGGCUGAUAAGCUGUUGGAUCUGGAUUAUUAUUCCAACCGACAGUCUCCAAAUGGGCCGGCUAUGACCUACUCCAUUUCUGCCAUAGUAGCGAACGCCAUCUCCCCAUCCGGUUGUGCUGCAUAUACCUUCACACUCAAUGGCUUCCUUCCAUAUCUCCGUGCGCCAUUCUACCAGUUCUCUGAGCAAAACGAUGACAACGUCAAGAGGAACGGCCACCAAAACCCAGCCUUCCCAUUCUUGACCGGCCACGGCGGCGCCAACCAGAUCGCCCCCUUCGGCUUCCUUGGUCUCCGCACCGAUCAGCAACACUUAUUCAUCAACCCAUCCCUACCCCCUCAGAUCCCGCACCUGAAACUGCGAGACAUCUAUUUCGCCGGCGCCGGUUUCCGCAUCUCCAUGAACCGCACACACACCACCAUCACCCGCUUCUCAACCGAAGGCGUCCCCACCCUCACAGACAAAUACGCCGGAACCAGCAUGCCCAUCGACGUCGGCACCCCUGGUGACAACCAGGCCAUCUACAACAUCGACGUCGACCAAACCAUCUACGUCCCCAACCGCCUCUACUUCGACAACAUCACCUACACAGGCAACCUCCUCCAAUGCCAGAAAGUCUCCUCCACCGAUGCCUACGCUCCCGGCCAAUUUCCGCAAGCCGCCAUCGACGGCGCUAUCGCCACGGCGUGGCAGCCUACUGCAAAUGGCUCGGCAAGCAUUCUCAUUGAUAUGUCCAGCGGCUCAUAUGAGAAGGUCAACCAGCUCUACUUCAACUGGGGCUCGCGCCCGCCUCGCCGCGCGGUAGUGUCGUUCGGUAAUGAGACAGCAUCUGACUGCAACGGCCAGCGCCAGCUCAGCGGGAAGGUCAUCAGGAUCCCGCUUAACUCCAUCAAACCGAAUGAUCCCUUCGAUGCUGCCGUAGCGGCUGCCGCGGUCGUGAAACCGUAUAUUGGCAACGAGACGCUGAUUUCGGUGCCUGCUGACGCGUGGUCCGGGAACUGGGUGAAGUUGGAGAUUGAGGGGUGUUGGGCGAAUGGGGAUGAGGAUCAGAAGGGCGCGACGGUGGCGGAGUUUGUGGUUGUAGGAGGUGGUGCAGGGGUUGUCGGGGGCGAGGGGGGAGGGAAGGGGAAUGGAACGUAUAAUGGGGGGCCGGCGAGUAAUAAUACGGUUGCGGGGACGGGGACGGGGGCGGGGGCGGAGGGGGCGGAUGUUGGGGCAGAGGUGGCGGGAUAG